CUCUGUGGAUCGCUGCUACUACAUAGAGCAGAUUGCUUCUACUGUAUCAGAGUACGAGUAUACACUACUGCUGAAAACGUCUUACACUAUGAAUUAUUACGUUCCAAUUCAACAGGAUGAGGCGAGAGACAAUAAGUUUAUUCAAUUUUUCCCAUCUUCUCAUACAUCUUUGAAACCUCACUACAUACGUCACAUCUUGAUGCGAAUAUAUAUAUUGACAGCUUAUAAAUUUCUGGACAUCGAGAUCGUGAGACCUACAUCUCAUGUAGAAAUUGCGAUCUGCGACAAUCGAGGCAACCGCAUAAUCUUGCCUCAUACUACGUGGAAGGCGUUUAUCGAUAGACGUGCAAAUAUUCAACGAUUAAUGGAGUCAAAUGUCAUCAUCAUCACCACCGAUUCAAGAUCUGAAUGUAGAACUUGUUAAAGUAUGUGAUAUGGAAAACGUAAAAUUGUCAUUGUAUAGUACAUGUUUGUACAUAAAACCAACAACUGUACUCUUCCUAUUUGAGCUCGAGCAAUGUGUCGAGCAUGCGUACUAUAAACUAAGCCAAUG